UUGUUGUGGUCAGGCGAUCGCAAUGCUUCUGGACGCGGGACCCCAAUACCCAGGCAUAGGAGUCACCACAUUCGGCUCCUCCAGGCAUCACUCCUCCGGCGACGUGACGGACCGCGAGGUGGGUUUGGGCAUCAACCCGUUUGCCGACGGCAUGGGCGCCUUCAAGAUCAACCCCAGCAGUCACGACCUCGCCUCGGGCCAGACGGCGUUCACCUCGCAGGCUCCGGGCUACGCUGCGGCGGCUCUGGGGCAUCAUCACCACCCUGGCCAUGUCAGCUCCUACUCCAGCGCAGCCUUCAACUCCACCCGGGACUUUCUGUUCCGCACUCGGGGCUUUGGGGAAGCCGCCAGCGCCGCCAGCGCCCAGCACAGCCGGUUCGCCUCGGCGGGGGGUUUCGGCGGACCGCACGGGCACACGGACGCCGCCGGCCACUUGAUCUUCCCGGGGCUGCACGAUCAAGGCGCCGGCCACGGCUCCCCCAACGUGGUGAACGGGCAGAUGAGGCUGGGCUUCUCGGGAGACAUGUACGGCCGGCCAGACCAGUACGGACAAGUCACCAGCCCCAGGUCUGAACACUACGCCUCCACCCAACUCCAUGGCUAUGGCCCUAUGAACAUGAAUAUGGCUGCCCACCAUGGAGCAGGGGCCUUCUUCCGUUACAUGAGGCAGCCCAUCAAGCAAGAACUCAUCUGUAAGUGGAUUGAACCGGAGCAGUUGUCCAACCCCAAAAAGUCGUGCAACAAAACUUUCAGCACCAUGCACGAGCUGGUCACCCAUGUCACGGUGGAGCACGUUGGGGGACCCGAGCAAUCCAAUCACAUCUGUUUCUGGGAAGAAUGCCCCAGAGAAGGCAAGCCUUUCAAAGCCAAAUACAAACUUGUUAACCACAUCAGAGUCCACACGGGGGAAAAACCCUUCCCCUGCCCAUUCCCUGGCUGUGGGAAAGUCUUUGCCAGGUCAGAAAACCUGAAAAUCCACAAAAGAACUCACACAGGUGAAAAGCCCUUUAAGUGUGAGUUUGAAGGCUGUGACAGACGAUUUGCAAACAGCAGCGACCGUAAAAAACACAUGCACGUCCACACUUCAGACAAGCCCUAUCUGUGUAAAAUGUGUGACAAGUCGUACACCCACCCGAGCUCCCUCAGAAAACACAUGAAGGUCCACGAAUCAACUUCCCAGGGGUCCCAACCUUCUCCAGCAGCCAGCUCAGGCUAUGAAUCUUCAACGCCCCCAACAAUCGUGUCUCCUGCUUCAGAAAACCAGACCACAAGUUCCUUAUCCCCUUCCUCCUCAGCAAUACAUCACACGUCCAGUCACAGCACGCUCUCAUCAAAUUUUAACGAAUGGUACGUUUAAACACAUAUUUAAAAAAAAAAAAGACUUCCAGAGAUUAAUGAACACUUCGAAUCUAAUCCUAAAGCUGCCGGGACGGAAUAACAAUGAAGAAUGAGACCCCUUUUGCUAUUUUCUUCAGGCUUGGUAGAAAAAAAAACACAUAUAAGGGGGUUGUAGAGUGCAUGAGAAGAGUUUGCCAGGCCAAAUGCCAACCGUGUAGGGUUUAAUGAACCACUAAUUAGAGGUCUCAAUCUGCAUGUCUUUCAGGCGGCCUUUUUUUUUUUCUCCUUCUUUUUGUAAAUACAGAAGUAUUAGUUGACAAAAAAUGUACUGUUGAUUUUGUAAAUAGCUAUAUUACAAGUGA